UGUUUAUAUAGUUUUUGGACAAGGAGUGGAGGUCCAUAUCUCUCCACUUAUGCAUGUCAAAAUAUAGUUUAGAUAUAUUAUCAAUUGAUUUGUAUUGGAAGAACCAUUUGAAUGUCUAUUUGAACUGCUAUCUUCCUUUGAAAAACCUUUGUCCUUUCUUGGAUAUGGUGUAAGAAACUCUUGAUCCUUUGUUCUUGCUGUGUACCUCAUCAAGGCUAAUAGGUUCUGGUGAGAUCUUGUUGCUCAAUAUUUAGCUAAAUGGCUGGAAGAUCCUUCAAACCUUCAGACCCGCAACAAGGUAAGCCUCCGGGUGUGACCUUUGCAAGGAGGACUUCGUCUGGUCGCUAUGUCAACUUGUCUAGGGACUCCCUGGAUAGUGAGAUCAGUGCUUUAGAGUUUGCGAACUACACGGUGCAUAUGCCUCCGACACCUGAUAAUCAACCUUUUGAUCCUUCCAUUUCACAGAGGGUUGAAGAGCAAUAUGUGUCGAAUUCCUUGUUUAGUGGUGGAUAUAACAGUGCUACUCGUGCACAUUUGAUGGAUAAGGUGAUUGAUUCGGAAGCCAAUCAUCCUCAGAUGGCUGGUACUAAAGGGUCUUCUUGUGCUAUACAAGGUUGUGAUGGAAAGGUCAUGAGUGAUGGUAGGGGUGAUGAUAUCCUUCCUUGCGAAUGUGAUUUCAAAAUUUGUCGGGAUUGCUAUAUUGAUGCAGUCAAAAUCGGAGAUGGGAUGUGUCCCGGUUGUAAAGAGCCAUACAAGAACACUGAUUUAGCUGAGAAUGAUGUGGAUCCCUCCAGACAACCUUUGUCAUUGCAUUCAAAUGUUGGGAUGUCUAAAAAUGAAAGGAUGUUGUCGUUGAUGCGAUCAGCUAAUAAGUCGGCCUUAAUAAGGAGCGAGUCAGGGUUGAUGAGGAGUCAAACAGGAGAUUUUGAUCAUAAUAGAUGGUUAUUUGAGACUAAAGGAACAUAUGGAUAUGGGAAUGCUAUAUGGCCAAAGGAUGAAGUAUUUGGAAAUGACGAAGAUGAUAACAUGGGUGAGCAUUCUGAACUUCUCAACAAGCCUUGGAGGCCACUUACGCGUAAGCUGCAGAUACCUGCUGCAGUACUCAGCCCAUACCGGCUUUUGAUUUUAGUUCGUGUCGUUGUACUUGGAUUAUUUCUUCAAUGGAGGAUCAGCCACCCCAACAAUGAUGCUAUAUGGCUGUGGUAUAUGUCCAUAGUCUGUGAGAUUUGGUUUGCAAUUUCAUGGCUGCUUGAUCAGCUUCCAAAGUUAUGUCCAGUCAAUCGUGCUACCGAUCUUACUGUCUUGAAAGAAAAGUUUGAAACUCCGACCUCAACCAAUCCCACUGGAAAGUCUGAUCUUCCAGGAAUGGAUAUAUUUGUUUCUACAGCAGAUCCAGAGAAAGAGCCACCACUCGUUACAGCAAACACAAUACUAUCUAUUCUUGCUGCUGAUUACCCUGUUGAAAAACUUUCUUGCUAUGUGUCUGAUGAUGGAGGUGCUCUUUUGACUUUUGAAGCAAUGGCAGAAGCUGCAAGUUUUGCCAACAUUUGGGUCCCAUUUUGUCGUAAACAUGAUAUUGAACCGAGGAACCCGGAUAGUUACUUCAGCUUGAAGAAAGAUCCUUACAAGAACAAAGUACGUCAAGAUUUCGUCAAGGAUCGUAGACGUGUGAAGCGCGAAUAUGAUGAAUUUAAGGUUCGAACCAAUGGCCUUACUGAUUCUAUUCGCCGGCGUUCUGAUGCCUACAAUGCUAGAGAGGAAAUUAAGGCUUUGAAGCUUCAGAGAGAGAGAGCUGGAGAUGAACCUUUGGAACCUAUCAAGAUAACUAAGGCCACUUGGAUGGCUGAUGGAACUCACUGGCCCGGAACUUGGAUGGUAGCUUCUCCCGAGCACUCUCGGGGUGAUCAUGCAGGAAUCAUACAGGUGAUGUUAAAACCUCCAAGUGAUGAAGCUUUGCAUGGUGCGACAGCUGAUAGCAGUAUGAUUGAUUUUACGGAAGUUGAUAUUCGGCUCCCCAUGCUGGUGUAUGUUUCUCGUGAGAAGCGUCCUGGCUAUGAUCACAACAAGAAGGCUGGAGCUAUGAAUGCGUUGGUUCGAGCAUCAGCUGUCAUGUCCAAUGGCCCUUUCAUUCUAAACCUUGACUGUGAUCACUACAUCUACAACUCAGAGGCAAUAAGGGAGGGCAUGUGUUUUAUGAUGGACCGGGGUGGGGAUCGUCUUUGUUAUGUACAGUUCCCUCAGCGGUUUGAGGGGAUUGAUCCCAAUGAUCGGUAUGCAAAUCACAAUACUGUUUUCUUUGAUGUGAAUAUGCGUGCACUGGACGGACUUCAAGGUCCUUUUUAUGUUGGCACCGGUUGCCUCUUCCGCCGGACUGCUCUGUAUGGUUUUGAUCCCCCAAGAGCAAAGGACCGCCACCCUGAUUGCUGCAGUUGUUGUUUUGGGAGGGAUAAGAGUAAGGCCAUUGUUGCUGACGAAACAAGGGGACUUAGAAUGGGAGACAUUGAUGAUGAGGAUAUGGAUCUUGCUUUGUUUCCUAAAAGAUUUGGGAACUCUAGAGUCCUCAUUGAUUCAAUCCCAGUGGCUGAAUUCCAAGGUAGACCGCUAGCUGAUCACCCUUCUGUAAAGUAUGGACGACCUCCCGGUGCACUAACUAUUCCAAGAGAACUUCUCGAUGCUUCCACUGUUGCUGAAGCAGUCAGUGUCAUUUCGUGUUGGUACGAAGACAAAACUGAAUGGGGCAAUCGAGUUGGAUGGAUUUACGGAUCUGUUACUGAAGAUGUGGUAACAGGAUACAGGAUGCAUAAUAGAGGUUGGAAAUCGAUAUACUGUGUGACAAAAAGAGAUGCAUUCCGUGGCACUGCACCAAUCAAUCUCACUGACAGGCUUCACCAAGUCCUACGAUGGGCUACUGGUUCCGUUGAGAUCUUCUUCUCACGCAAUAACGCCUUUCUUGCUAGUCCAAAGAUGAAAAUUUUACAACGGAUUGCUUACCUCAACGUUGGCAUCUACCCGUUCACUUCAAUAUUCCUGAUUGUCUACUGCUUCCUCCCAGCACUCUCACUUUUCUCCGGUCAAUUCAUUGUUCAGAGCCUGAACGUCACAUUUCUCGUGUACCUCCUUGUCAUCUCAUUAACUCUCUGCAUUCUAGCUUUGCUCGAGAUCAAGUGGUCUGGCAUUGCUUUGGAAGAUUGGUGGCGUAAUGAGCAGUUUUGGUUAAUCGGAGGCACGAGUGCACAUCUUGCAGCUGUGUUUCAAGGUCUACUAAAAGUGGUUGCUGGCAUUGAGAUUUCAUUCACUCUGACAUCAAAAUCAUCCGGUGAUGAAAAUGACGAUGAAUUUGCUGAUCUCUACGUCAUCAAAUGGACAUCAUUGAUGAUUCCUCCUAUAACAAUCAUGAUGGUUAACUUAGUCGCGAUAGCAGUUGGCUUCAGCAGGACUAUAUACAGCACAAUACCACAAUGGAGCCGUCUGUUAGGAGGCGUUUUCUUCAGCUUUUGGGUGUUGGCUCAUCUCUAUCCUUUCGCGAAAGGACUUAUGGGACGAAGAGGAAGAACACCAACCAUCGUGUUCGUGUGGUCCGGGCUCAUUGCCAUUACCAUUUCCCUCCUUUGGGUUGCAAUUAACCCCCCUGCAGGUAACACUGAAAUUGGAGGUUCAUUUCAGUUCCCUUGACAACUUUUCUAUACUGGCAUACAACUUUCAUCGAAUACGGCUUUCUGCAGAAUUCCAUAUGUAUCUAUACAAUUUAGACUUAUUCCACAAUCAACUCAAAAUUAUUCUUUUAGUUAUCUUUUCUUGAUUUCUAUUCUUUGAUGAUGUGUGGAGAAAAGUGGACAAAGGGAAUUGAUUGUUGUGUAAUCACAACCUCAAAAAUUACAGUAGUGAAAUUGAUUCUUUUUAAUUA